AGCAGCCCGGCCAGGGAAAAGGAGUGAAGCUCUGCCGCGAAAAAGCUGCGUGAUCCUGCGCCAGGCCCACCCAUCUGUGGCCUCGGUUUCCCCGCUUAUAGAAUGGAGGUGCUGAGCUAAGUCAUCUCCCGGAGCACGGCCAGGCCAGAUGGUCUGAUAAGGCAUUCAGGACACCUGCCUCGGCCCCACCAUGUUCGUGGCGUCCACCACCUCGGCUGUGUCAGGGCCCGUCUCUCCACCCAGCCUGCCCGGCAACGGCAGUCAGCAGCCACCGCUGGACACCCGGGACCCGUUGCUAGCCCGGGCAGAGCUGGCCCUGCUGUCCACGGUGUUCGUGGCCGUGGCCCUGAGCAAUGGCCUGGUGCUGGGGGUCCUGGCACGGCGGGGCCGGCGAGGCCGCUGGGCGCCCAUGCACGUCUUCAUCGGCCACUUGUGCCUGGCCGACCUGGCCGUGGCUCUGUUCCAAGUGCUGCCUCAGCUGGCCUGGGAUGCCACUGACCGCUUCCACGGGCCCGAUGCCCUGUGUCGGGCUGUCAAGUACCUGCAGAUGGUGGGCAUGUACGCCUCCUCCUACAUGAUACUGGCCAUGACGCUGGACCGCCACCGUGCCAUCUGCCGUCCCAUGCUGGCAUACCGCCACGGAGGUGGGGCUCACUGGAACCGGCCAGUGCUGGUGGCCUGGGCCUUCUCGCUCCUUCUCAGCCUGCCCCAGCUCUUCAUCUUUGCCCAGCGUGAUGUGGGAGAUGGCAGUGGGGUCCUCGACUGCUGGGCCCACUUUGCGGAGCCCUGGGGCCUUCGUGCCUAUGUCACCUGGAUUGCCCUGAUGGUGUUCGUGGCACCUGCCCUGGGUAUUGCCGCCUGCCAGGUCCUCAUAUUCAGGGAGAUUCAUGCCAGUCUGGUGCCGGGGCCGUCAGAGAGGGCUGGGGGGCGCCGUGGCGGGUGCCGGACAGGCAGUGCCGGCGAGGGAGCCCGGGUGUCGGCAGCCGUGACCAAGACUGUGAGGAUGACACUGGUGAUUGUGAUUGUCUACGUGCUGUGCUGGGCGCCCUUCUUCCUCGUGCAGCUGUGGGCAGCGUGGGACCCGGAGGCGCCUCGGGAAGGGCCACCCUUCGUACUGCUCAUGCUGCUGGCCAGCCUCAACAGCUGCACCAACCCUUGGAUCUACGCCUCCUUCAGCAGCAGCGUGUCCUCGGAGCUGCGCAGCCUGCUCUGCUGCGCCCGUGGGCGCACCCCGCCCGGCCUGGGGCCCCCAGACGAGUCCUGUGCCACUGCCAGCUCCUCCCUGGCCAAAGACACUUCUCCCUGAGGGGCCAGCGACUGCCUUCCUUCCAGAGGUGCUACGAGCUCAGCUGCCUGGGGGAUUGUCAUGGAGAAUCGGUCACAGCCUGUGGCCCCAGACAAGCCUCACCAUCCCCAGCUCGUCCCGGGAGCUCGAACAGGCCUCAGCGCCAGGACGUAAGGCCGAGGGGCCCCUUAGGUUAGCCCCUCCAUGCCAGGCCCUGGGCAACCCGGGAGCACGUGCCCGCCACCCUGGCAGUAACCGCCAGGUGAGACAGGCGCCCUGGGCAGCCAGAGAGGAAGGACCAGGGUGAGGCCAGGGCACCCUCCUAUCCACGCCUCCCUAGUCCCUCCCUUCUUCUCUCCCUCCUCAUUCUCUCCUUAAUAAAAGUCGCAGCUCAUCUUCCA